AUGUUGCCAAAUCAAUUGACCUCAUCUUCUUCCUCCUUGGAUGAAUCACAGACUCUGCAGUCCGAUUCAAACACAAUCAUCUCACUACCACAACAAUCUCACAAGGCUUGUAUUGCGUGUAGGAAAUCUCAUAAACGUUGCUCUCGGAAUUUGCCAUCGUGUUCUCGAUGUCAAAGCAAAGGCUUGGAAUGUGUCUAUGAAGGAUUGGUUUCAAACGCAAGUCAGCAACAACAACACAAUAUUCAUCAUCAUCAUCAAAAACCACCCUAUUCAUCAAGUACAUUGGUACAGCAUUCAAGAAUGAAUCCAAUCGGAACUCAAACCAAUUCAAAUCCGUAUCAUAACGUUCGUUCUGGAAAUGAUAAGAAUACAAUUCAGGAUAACAUUAAAACAGUGAAAUUAAAUACACUGCAGACCUAUUCGGAAAUUAUUUGUAUGGGAAAUCCAUUAUUUGAAAUGAAACAGCUGGAAGAGAUGAUGUUCUUGAGUUUAGAUGAAUUAUGUACCAAUCGUAAAGAUAUUCUUUCGUUUUUACUUUCCAUUCAAGCGUUGUGUGAGCAGAGAUUUGGUUAUACGGAUUUCUCUGAAAAAUCAAUUGCUAGGGCCAAACAAAUUCUUUCUCAUGUCUAUGAAGAUUGUGACAAUCAAUAUGUGGCAUGUACUUGUGUAAAUUUCGCACUCUAUUUUGCUGGAGAAGGCAACAAACAAAAAGCAAGGUAUUAUCUUUCACGUGUUGAUAAUUUUAUAUCCGAAUUGAAAAUUUAUGCGAAUGGUAGAAUUCCGAAUUUACAAGAGGCACUGAAAGUGAGACAACAACAUUGCAUGGGAUCUGACGUUGUUUUAAUUUUAAAGAAUUUUCUCAUUUACAAAUAUGUGACAGAUCUUGUGGCCAGUCAAAUGAAUCCACUGCCUGAUGCCAAAACAGUUGAAGAAACAUUUUCACUUCUUGUAGGUUUGUCAUUACCUCAAGAAUUUAAAAAAACAGUGGAGUACAAUAAUUUAGAGGAUCCCAAUGUACUUGAAGAUCGAAUUAAGGGAAUGGAAGCCAUAUAUAAUUUAAUUCACAUUUCAUGUAAACAAGGAGUGGCUUCGGAUUUUAUUCAAUCCAUUUACGAUUUUGUACGAAUAGUAGUGGUUUCUGGGUUGAGAAUUGCUUUCAUCGCUCUUGCCAAACCUGAAGUCUCUUCUUUGAAUGUUGAUGCAACAAACAACAAGUGGUCGAUUCUCCUUGAACAAUCAGCACUUCAUUUGAGUGAACUGACACAAAGUGAGCUUUUUCAUUUUGUUUCUCCACUGUUGACACCGUUUUUCUUGUUGGCAUUCAAUGCAAAUCUUGAAAUUGCAAAAUCCAUAGAAAGAGGUGAAAGAAACAAUCAUGGACCAUUUCCAAGCUUUGAUGAAGUGACAAGAAUCAAAGGCCUCAACGAGUUGUAUCCCAUACAGAAAGUCUUGUCGCCAAGUGUGGAUUAUUUUCAAGUUGUGGAACGAGAUUUGAGGGCUCUUCGACUUCUCUCUACGAGAUACAAAUACGUCUACGAGUUUGCUGACAUUAUUGAAAAGUUUUUGAAAGAGAGGAAACCAGCCAGUGCCACAACUGAAUAUUUCUCAUCCGAGUCGUCCUUGUUGGGCGACUCUUCUUCAGCAGCUGGUGCGCUUGAGAGCUAUUUAGGAUUUUCUAUGGAUCUCCUCUCAACACAACAGCCCUCAAUGAAUAAUACCAUGCGACGAACAGCCACCUACUACUCUCAAAUGAGAAAAUUCAUUUCGAAACUGAAUUCAUCGUUUGAUAAGGUAGUUUGCCCGAGUGGUAGUAGUAGUAGCCAUUCCAACAACAACAAAAACAGCAGCAAAACAGAUGAAGAUAUGAUUGAGGAAUGUUUGCAAUUCCUGCAAGAUGACGACAUUGAGUUGGACCCUCUACUAUCUCAAAUGCUCAACGGACAAGAAUUCAUUGAUUACUUUUGUGAACAAGAUGGCAAAGUGGUUGAAAAGAUCUAG